AUGACGUCCUUGAAACCUCAGCUUGUGAGAGCAGAUACUCUUGAUUUGCAAGAUCAUGAUGCCCCCUCUGCUAAAGACCACUCUCGCCAACCGACCCAACCAUCACCCUAUGGAUAUGGCCCCGCCGCACCGCAUCAAGCACAGACGCUGAGACAGGCUGAACAUGAUGCAUAUCAGGAACAACACACGAGUCCCAGAGAGUCCGAGGACCGGGCCAAUGGCGGGUAUGGCUACAAUCACCAAGACGACCAAAACGACGACCGUACAAAUGAUUCCAAUGGUACCAACGGACUCGUGUAUAAUGGCCAGGAUGUCGAUGACGGAGAUGGUGGGGAUUCCCAUGAUGAGGAUAUGGAUGACGACCUGUUGGACAAGAUCUCGAGUUCUCCCUCAAUUGAAGAUGGUAAAUAUACCCUUCCUGUUUGGCCCCCUAGAGCCGAUUCGGUCAAUCUUGGAGCUUUUCCGGCUUCAUCGAUGGAUCAGAGUUGCCACUCUUCCCUUUCUUCUUCACCUUUUACCUCGCACCCUGAAUGUUUCCCGUCGCGAUCCCUGCACUUUUCCCAAUCGGCAAGUCAUCCUGGUGAGUGUGGGGGCUACCAGAUCAAUGGUACAACACGGUUUGAGACCCGGCAAGAUGAAGAUUCGUCGUUCGCUUCGUCCACGUAUUCUGAUGGUGGGAUUGACACCCAGCUGGGAGGCAUACCGCUCUCCGAGUCUCAGGAAUUUCGGAGAUAUUUGCUGCCCGUGGAUGACCCGCUUUUGGAAGACGUGUCCGAGACGCAGGACGAUGAAUACAUCUAUGAUGAAGAGGAAGACUGGGAAGACGAUGAUUCUUCUCUGGUGGACCCUGAUUUGAGUUCUGAUGAUGACCCUGAGGAUUUCCAAUUUUCCAACGAUGAUCGUUUGAUCGACUCUGGUUGGGGUGGAGAAUGCUUACGAGAAAUAGAGGAUAUCGAUUUCGAAUUCGUAUACGCACUACAUACUUUUGUGGCCACUGUCGAGGGCCAAGCCAACGCUACAAAAGGCGACACCAUGGUGCUACUAGAUGAUAGCAACAGCUAUUGGUGGCUGGUUCGUGUGGUUAAAGAUGGCAGCAUUGGCAAGUCAUCAAGACCCAUAUACAUUUGA